GCACGUGUGCAGUGGCGAACAGGAAACUUUCACACAAACUGCCGAAAGCACAUUAAACAGACCAGGUUCAUUUAACAGACUAACUGGACGCGUCUAGCGUGCCGCAGAUUCUAUAAGAAGAAGACGAAGAACAGAUUAACUGGGUUUGAAGGCGCGUGUUUUAUCCUGAAUAGAUCCGGAAACAGAAUGAACUCUGAAGAUCUGUGCUGAAAUAAUCACCGUCUCACACCAACAAACAAAACAGAAAACUGCUACAAUUUAAGAUGACUGGAGCAAAAGAUCGAAUGAGAGAAAAAAAGAUGAAGAAUCAGCCGAGAAACGUCACUUACACGAGCUCAGGUCGUGGGACCGGGAGAGGUCAGGGGUCACAGGCAUGCGGCUGGGUCAGAGGUCAUCAGCCUGGGGGUCACAGUUACAGUCAAGAUCUGCCCAAAUACAUCACAGCCUCUUACUUCGCUAAAGCGCGCGCUGCUGAAGUGAACGCGAUGCUGAAGGCCGUCAGUAAACCUGCAGGCAGCUGCCACGUCUUCAACGCUCUGCCGAAGCACAUGCGCAGACGAGCCAUGAGCCACAACACCAAGAGACUGCCGAGCCGUCUGCGAGAGGGAGCUCAGAGACUGGCCGAGCGAAGUCAUCGUGCAGCAGAGAAGGAGAAGAAGCAGCUGCCCAGAAGCAGGAGCCGUCGAGCGCGUCGCAGACACGGGAACCUGCUGCUGGAAUUCAAUCGCAGACAGAGGAAGAACAAAUGGUUGGAGACGCACAUCUGGCACGCCAAACGCUUCCACAUGCAGAAGACGUGGAGCUACUGUCUGCCGCUCAAACCCACAGCGAAGAGCUUCAGAGCCAGCUACAGAGCCAUGAACACACACGCCCUGCUGCAGGAUUUGUCCUAUUUCUGCUGUUUGGAGCUUCAAGGAUCUGAGGAACAGAUGCUGCGAGCCCUCGCUCGACUCACCAGCAAACAAACAGGUCCCACAUUCGCAGCGGCGUCGUGUCUCUCAGGUGCUCGUCAGGGCAGUGUCCAUCUGUACAAAGCGGAUCAGUUUCCUCAAGGCUGUCUGGGUCCUGCUGACUUCCUGUGGAGGCCCCGGGUCCCUGACGCUUCAGACAGACAGCUGUGGAUCUGGAUCCAUCCGGACCUUAAACAGGACGUGCUGUCGGAGCUGCAGCUGGUGUGUCAGUGUUCGGAGUCUGUGUCCGUCUCGGAGGAGUCUGGUCCCGCAGUGGAGCGGCCUGCAGGGAGGAAGAGGAAGAGAGACGAAGAUGAUGCUGAGCAACCCUCCAAAAGGCUGUUGGGUGACGGGACGCGGCCCGCUGGGGCCCCUGUGCGCUGGCAGUCCCCUGACACCGCCAUCACCAUCAGUGACCUGACCAUGGAGAUCGUGCGCUAUCGUCUGAUUGGUCCGCUGGCCCAUGUGGUGCUCACAGACACACUCCAGCCAGCCAGUGAGGAGCCGUGCGACGCGGUGAGCCUCCAUCAGCAGCAGACAGAUGUGUUCCAGCUGCUGAGAGGAGUGUGUUCGACAGCAGAGCUCCCAGCAGGCUGUGUGUUGGGACUGACUGUAGAUGAUCCCAGACUCACUUUACCUCAGAAACGUGGUAAAUCUGUUCCUGACCUACAGCAGAGCGCAGAGGACGAUCGUCUGAGAGAUUUGACUCUCACAGGAGUUGCGGCUCAUUGCAGUCAGAGUGCAUUGUGGGACACGUCUGCUCGAGAGCGUGUGACACACAACCGACUGUCUGAGCAGGAGCUGAACAGGAUGAGGAGUGAGCUGCUGGUUCCGGGUUCGAGGCUGUCAGCUGAUCGUCAGGCUGCUGUUCCUCUGCUGCUGGUUCAUCAGGGCGGUCGUGUUCGGGGCGAGGAGCGUCUGCACUGGGGCUCCGGCUGGGAUCUGCUGCUGCCCAAGGGCUGGGGAAUGGCAUUCUGGGUCCCUCUGGUGUAUCGUGGUGUUCGUGUUGGUGGCCUCCACAUGAGUGUCAAACACUCCCAGUUUAUGGGUCAGCCUCACUUCCCUCAAGAUUACCCAGACUGCCCUGCAGGAGUGCGCUUCCAAUCAGAGCAGGAGGCGGAGCUUCUAGAAAAGUUCAAAAGGCGUCCUCCAUCAAAACGCACCAACUACAUCAAACAUGGCUGUUUGGCGCCGUUUCGUUGCCCCUGGCAACAGCUGACGGAGGAGUGGGAGGAGCUAGUGAAUCUGAGCACAGAGACGGCUAGCUGCUGCAGAACCAGAGCAUCGGACUUCACUGUUCUGAGGAGUCUGAAGGCGUUGCGUCGUCUGUCGGCGUGGACUCGUCCGCCGUCUCGCAGGAACUCCUCACCGCUGACCCAUGCGACGGCUGCGGCGCUACAGCAGGAGUGUGGGCCGAGUCUGCUGUGGGUGCGUCUGCGUCUGUUGGGUAAAGGUCAGCCGGCACUGCAUGCCAUGGUGUGUGCCCCAACGACCUCUGACCUCCAGCUGCUGCUUCAAGAUCCACACAGCAGCGGCCCGCAGGAGCCCCGACACAAAGACCACCUCAAACACCUGCGUCAGCACAAAACCAGUCCUGAAGAGCCGGCCCGUGCCGUGAGGGGCGUGUUUCCGGCGCCGCUGCCCAGCGUUCUGUCCCACUGCAGCCGGCUGACUCUGGGGUGGGUGACGCAGGGAGACUUCUCUCUGGCCGCAGGCUGCGGCGAGGCUCUGGCCUUCAUCAGCGUGUCUGGACUCCUGCACACCAUCCUUGAGCAGCCGCAGGAGCAGCGUGGCCUCGUUCUGCUGAGAAACCCCUCGUCACUGCAGUACCGCUUCGCUCGCAUCAGCAUCGACGUAUAAAGCAGAGCCGUGUUCAGCACAUUCUGUAUUUAUUUCUUCACGGACUGAUGCAUGUCCACCACCAGGACG